AUGUCGAAAGACGAUACCCUAGAUAUACUUGCUUCGGGGAGUUCUUCUGAAUUUGAAGGUUUUUCAGAUUCUGAUACGGUUCAAAAUCCUGAAAAUGACAGGGGUAAACAACCUCUUGCCUCGACGUCUUCUGCUGGCAAGAAAAAGACUAAGGUUAAAUCAGUUGUUGUUAAAGCUAAAAAAGAAGAUGAUUUUUCAACUUUUCAUAAUCAGGGCCCUAGGGACUUGAAUAAGGAUUUUCAUACUGCUUUUGAUUCAAGCACUGUUGUUGAUGACGAUGCUGGUUUUUCUUGGGAUUUACCAAAAGAGAAGGCCCCUGAGAGGGGUGAUGCCAUUUCUGACUCAUUGUCAAAAUUGAUAAAUACUGCUUGCACAGUACAGUGUGACACCGAUUCUCUUUUCAAUAGAUAUUCUGUUCCUUCAAAUUGUGAUUUGGCUACACCUCCUCUUGUUAAUCAAGAAGUGUGGAGAUUUUUAGAUAAAAAAGGACACAUGCAGGAUAAGUCUUUAGUUGAUAUUCAGAACUUAUUGAGUACAAGUUUUGUUCCAGUCAUCAAGUUAAUUGAGAUGCUAAAGAAGAAUAAGUCUUUAAAUGAGGAGAUGAAAACUUUGAUUACAGACUUGAUUACAGGCUUAGGCCAGGUGCAGUAUAAUAUAAGUUUGCGCAGGAGGUAUUAUAUAAGACCUUAUCUUAAAAAGAAAUACAGUCCUUUGUGUAAUAUGUCAGUGCCAAUUACAACAAAGCUCUUCGGAGAUGAAAUUUCAAAAGAGGUGAAAUCUUGUGAGAAUAUUUCCUUUCUGGGGAAAGACAAUUUCCAAACUACAAAUUUUAGAGGUGUGAUGAGAUCUAGAGGUAGAUUUAGAGGAAGUCGUGGUUAUGCAAAUGCUGGAAACAAUGUUUAUGCUAGUUCUUAUCAGCAGUCACAAGGAUUUCGUCCAUACCCUUAUCCUAUGAGAGGUAAUUCUUUUAGAGGCAGCAACGCUGUAAGAUCGAGAGCUCCUAGUAGACGUCCCACUGCCACUGUAACCUCUGAUGCUGUGCGUGACCCAAACGAGAGAAUUUAGUUGAGAAGGUAGGUGGUGUUGGUAAGACAAGAUUUUGUUUAGACAAUUGGUUAAA